UGACCUCGCCUAGGGAGAGAAAGCCCGACCCGGGUCUCCUGCGCUCACCCGCGGCGUCUCUCCGCAGCUCUCGGUUCCCCCGGCGGAGCGUGGCGGCCAUGCGGCUCCCGUCGGUAGCCGGGCCCCGGCCGGGCGGUCCCCGCCGCCUGCCUUCGCUGCUGCUGCUGCCGCUGCUGGGUAGCUGCCUGGGGCUCGUCGGGGCGGCUCGCAGGCCCAACGUGCUGCUGCUGCUCACCGACGACCAGGACUCGGAGCUCGGCGGCAUGACACCACUGAAGAAAACCAAGGCCCUCAUUGGAGAGAAGGGGAUGACUUUCUCCAGCGCUUACGUGCCCAGUGCCCUCUGCUGCCCCAGCAGAGCCAGCAUCCUGACUGGAAAGUACCCCCACAACCAUCAUGUCGUUAACAACACUUUGGAGGGGAACUGCAGUAGCAAGUCCUGGCAGAAGAUCCAGGAGCCAUUCACCUUCCCAGCGAUCCUCAAGUCGGUGUGCGGCUAUCAAACCUUUUUUGCUGGGAAGUAUUUAAAUGAGUAUGGAGCCCCAGACGCAGGCGGACUGGAGCACAUUCCUCUGGGCUGGAGUUAUUGGUAUGCCUUGGAAAAGAAUUCUAAAUACUAUAACUACACCCUCUCUAUCAACGGGAAGGCCCGGAAACACGGUGAGAACUACAGCGUGGACUACCUGACAGAUGUUCUGGCCAAUCUCUCCCUGGAGUUCCUGGACUACAAGUCCAACUCUGAGCCAUUCUUCAUGAUGAUCUCCACUCCAGCGCCCCACUCGCCGUGGACGGCCGCACCCCAGUACCAGAAGGCUUUCCAGAAUGUCCUCGCACCAAGAAGCAAGAACUUCAACAUCCAUGGGACGAACAAGCACUGGCUAAUUAGACAAGCCAAGACUCCCAUGACGAACUCGUCAGUACAGUUCUUAGAUGACGCCUUCAGGAGGAGGUGGCAGACCCUGCUCUCAGUUGACGACCUUGUGGAGAAACUGGUGAAGAGACUGGACUCAACCGGCGAGCUGGACAACACGUACAUCUUCUACACCUCAGACAACGGCUACCAUACAGGGCAGUUCUCUUUGCCAAUAGACAAACGGCAACUGUAUGAGUUUGAUAUCAAAGUUCCACUGCUGGUCCGAGGGCCUGGGAUCAAACCAAACCAGACAAGCAAGAUGCUGGUCUCCAAUAUCGACUUGGGUCCCACCAUCCUGGACCUCGCUGGCUAUGACCUGAACAAGACACAGAUGGAUGGCAUGUCCCUACUGCCCAUUCUGAAAGGAGACAGAAACUUAACCUGGAGGUCAGACGUCCUGGUGGAAUAUCAAGGAGAAGGCCGUAACGUCACCGACCCGACCUGCCCUUCUUUGAGUCCUGGAGUGUCUCAAUGUUUCCCUGACUGUGUGUGUGAGGACGCGUACAACAAUACAUACGCCUGCGUGCGGACGCUGUCAUCAGUGUGGAACCUCCAGUACUGCGAGUUCGACGACCAGGAGGUAUUUGUCGAAGUCUACAAUAUAACUGCAGAUCCAGACCAGAUCACCAACAUUGCUAAGAGUAUAGACCCUGAGCUUCUGGGGAAGAUGAACUACCGGCUGAUGAUGCUCCAGUCCUGUUCCGGGCCGACCUGUCGCACUCCAGGGGUCUUUGAUCCUGGAUACAGGUUUGACCUGCGUCUCAUGUUCAGCAAUCACGGCAGUGUCAGAAUGAGAAGGUUCUCGAAGCAUCCUCUGUAGCAGCCAUGGCCAGUCUGCAGUUGGAUCCUUGCCCAUCCGUUUCUGAUGACGUGGGAGCCAUGCCUCGGGGACCUCCGGCCUUGCUGUUUCAAGUCUUGUUUGAAAAAUAACCCAGUCAGCUGACUUCCAGUACUGUGAAUCUGCCCCCGUCAGAAGCGGCUGACCCUGUCUCUCCUCUGAUGACAACCACCACUCCUGAGGUCUUUGUCCUCUCCUUGUCCCUUCAUCUUGGCUGGGCACAAUGUAUGCGUCCCCACAUGGUCAAGUCUGAAUCUGUAAAACUCUUCUGAUAAAUGGCAAUACUUUAGGGCAGAAAGAUAAAGCCUUUUGGUACAUAGCUAGCCCCCAAAUCAAAAACGCUGUAUCUCAUGUCACACUGAGCCCCUCACCAUCAGAAACAUACACAGCCUUGACACGAGCUGUUGUCUGUGGACAUGGAGAGAAAGGAUGUUCAUGACAUCCAUUGUGGGGUAGUAAACGUGCGACUUGUCACCCAGGCCCUGCCCUAAGAAGCCCUCAGCUUUUCAGUGGCUCCAGCCACUGAGAGAGCCCAGAAGCACCAUGGAGAAGGAGCCACCAGGGGGAGGGCUAGAUAGACCACAUGAGCAAGCGGAUUGGGCUCUUGGGUCAGUCAGUGGGCUGAAGGGCCGCACUGAAGUGCCUGUCUGGAGGGUUCUCAAGUGUCAGUGCCACACGCAUCAUCCUGCCUGGCUGCAAUUAACUGACAUUGUCAUUGAAAAUCUUAGGGUCUCCUGGUAGAGGGAAGGACCAGCUGCUUCCCCCUCACUCCCCUGCUCUCAGAGAAGCUCCAGUCUCCGGUCCUGAAUAACCAGGGCUCCUUGAGCCCCAGAACGACAUUCUGUCCCUUAAAGUCCAGUUCCGCCCUGACAUGUCCACAGAGGGCCGAGUGCUAGCAGGACAGCACAGAGUGGAGAACCGUGGAUCCAAUCUGUUGUAGACACUGAGUGGGUUUAGCUUUACACAGCCUCUGUCCAGCUUUAAGCCCUUGUGAGACAGAGCAAGAAGUUACUUUCAGAAUUCCAGAAGCCAUGUUGGGGUAACAGCCGUUGAGUUUAUUCCUUUGCCUCAUGUGACCCCAGCGACUUUGGCGAUACUGAGAGGCCAGCAGUCAGUGGAAUGGUCACCUCCGCCGUGGCCACUUUACAGGAAAGUUACAAAAUUGAAUGUGCAUACUGGCUUCACUCACUCCACUUUGCUUCUAAACAUCACCAGUGAAAUAGUGAGAGCUAGCUGACCACAGUUCCCAAAUAAAGACUGUGAUGUCAUAGUCUUCAGUUUUAUGGCUGGCUCCUGAAAGCCGGUGACAUCAGAGCGAUAACAGUCAGCUGCAGUAGGUGUUGCUACCUCGAUGCCCCCAUGCAGGUGACACAGUCGGGUGGUGGGACCUGAGAUCCUCUCUGUACCUCUCAGUUGAGGGCUGUUCCUGCAGACGUUCAUGCAGACCUCAGCUUGUAACCGACUGCAGCAUGCAUGGCCUCCCACCCACAAGGGACGCGCCCCAGGAGGCCAGCCUUGUUCUCUGUACUCAGAGUUUUGACAUCUUUGAAGGCCAGGUUUGUGUGUGCCGCUGCUCUUCAAACGGAAGGACCAUUAAAACCAACAUAGGACGCAGGGACUUCGCCUUAUAAGAUUUCCAGUUUUAAAACUGCCCCUCAGACACAGUUUCAAAGUAGGGUACACCUAUGUCUUUGAGUUCCACAAGUGGUACUGUUGCAAACACCUUUUGAAUCGCCAGUUCCAGGGUUUUUGUAUAAAAAUAGAGUGGCUGUGAGAGUUACUCCUUCAUCUGUGGGAAGUAUUCUCAAACUCAUGAGCAUCUUAUUUUUUCUAAUGAAAGAUGGCAGCCCAGAAUCCUCAAGAAAAAGCAAAGGGGUAUCAGCUGAUCACCGCUGGGACAGUUGGGUGUCCUGGGGUUCUUUAGCUCACCAGCACUUUACGUUCAACGGACUUUGUAAAUCCUUUUCUUAGCGUCACCUGUUGUAGAAGCCCCUCUGCCUUGAGCUGUCAUCGCAGCCGCUCACUUAGAAAGUGCCCUUCAACCGACUCUGUUCACUGCUGCACUUCUCAAUGAAUUAAAACUGACUUCUGUUCUAGUGGGAA